CCAUCGGAUCUUGUCUCAAGGCAGCUUUAGGGAUUGACAAGAUGGCGGACACAACACACGGCGCGGACAAAGGUGGUUUCCACCAGAUGUGCCAGAAUCCAUAUCUAUUGGGAGUCGCAUCUUUUUCAACACUGGGUGGGCUCUUAUUUGGAUAUGACCAAGGGGUAAUAAGCGGUGUAUUGACUAUGGAAUCAUUCGGAGCCCGCUUCCCUCACAUUUAUACCGAUAGUGGUUUUAAAGGCUGGUUCGUCUCAACGCUAUUACUAGCUGCAUGGUUUGGGUCUCUAAUGAACGGUCCUCUGGCGGAUCGCAUUGGUCGAAAAUUGUCUAUCAAUAUUGCCGUUAUCAUUUUCGUCAUUGGGUCUGCGAUCCAAUGCGGUGCAGUUAAUAUCCCAAUGCUGUUCGUUGGAAGGGCCAUUGCUGGAGUUGCUGUUGGACAAUUGACGAUGGUUGUACCUCUAUACAUCAGUGAGGUCGCUGUAGCUGGAAUACGUGGUGGACUAGUGGUACUGCAACAAGUAUCUGUUACUAUUGGAAUUCUCAUUAGCUACUGGAUCGACUAUGGCACAAAUUAUAUAGGAGGUUCUCGUUGUGUCCCGAAUAUUCCAUACAGCGGUGGAACAGAGUCGUCGCGCACGUUCGACCCGUUUCAUGAUGUACCACCGGGUGGUUGUAAUGGCCAAUCUGAUGCAUCAUGGAGACUUCCCUUAGCCCUUCAGAUUAUACCAGCUUUGACCCUAGGGAUCGGAAUGAUAUUCUUCCCGGAAACGCCGAGAUGGCUCUUGAUGAAAGAUCGAGAUGAAAGUUGUCUAACGGCCCUUUCCAAGUUGCGCGGUGAGAAGAAAGAUAGUCCGGUAUUGAUAAAUGAGUAUCUUGAUAUUAAAGCUUCCAUAAUACUGGAAGAGACUUUUGCAAGGGAACAUUUCCCAGGUCUCUCUGGCUUGCGGUUGCACGUCGCUCAGUAUGCUUCGUUCUUCACAACGUGGGGACGCUUUAAACGUCUGGCGAUUGGAUCGUGCGUUAUGUUUUUCCAGCAGUUUAUGGGCUGCAAUGCCAUGAUCUACUAUGCUCCGACUAUCUUUAAGCAACUUGGAUUGGACGGAAACACGACAUCUCUCCUGGCAACCGGUGUCUAUGGGAUCGUUAACUGCUUGAGCACGUUCCCAGCAUUUUUCCUCAUCGACAAAACUGGCCGACGAGUCCUACUUAUGUUCGGCGCCGCAGGCACUUGUAUCUCGCUAGUUAUCGUUGGUGCCAUAAUCGGUGCGUAUGGAUCAGCUCUAUCUAGUCAUAAGUCGGCAGGCUGGGCAGGUAUUGCAUUUAUCUACAUCUACGACAUCAACUUCUCCUACUCAUUCGCACCCAUUGGCUGGGUUCUCCCAUCUGAGAUAUUUAACCUAUCUAUACGGUCCAAAGCCAUCUCUAUAACUACCUCCGCAACGUGGAUGUGUAACUUCAUCAUCGGUCUGGUCACGCCAGAUAUGCUCGCUAGCAUUUCCUGGGGUACCUAUAUCUUCUUCGCGGCCUUCUGUCUUCUUGCAUUCCUGUUCACUUAUUUCUGCAUACCCGAAACGCGCGGAAAGACUCUCGAAGACAUGGAUCUUAUUUUCGGUGAUACGGCCGCCCACGAAGAGAAGCAGCGUAUAGUCCAGAUCGAGAGCUCGUUGCGGGGAACUGGAACAGUUGACGACGACGUUCUGAAGGAGCCAGAAACGCAAGAAGUCGCUGUUUAAAGAGGAAUACCCAGAAGAAUAUAGUUGUGAGAUUUAUCGAGGACCUCUUUUAGUACAGGUUCAUUGUCCAUUGAU